AUUUGCUUUAAAUUAAACGUAAAGCUUGAGUCUUUCCAAAAAUCUGUUGUUAGGGAAAGGCAAAGGCGACGCCUUUCUUCUUUUUUCCUAACAAUAAGAUUCUUGGAAAUUUCUUCUGGGUCUUUGUUUUGGAGGGUAGGCAAGUUUCGAUCUUACCCAUUUGCUGUUCCUCUCUAGUGAUCUCUGUACUGAAGUUCAAUCACGACAAUGUUAACUUGGGUGAGAGGUGGAGGGUGGGAUUGAUCGUGGUGGUGGAAAUUUGAUCAUAUCAACAGAAGACUCCCUUCUGAGUUCAUUGAGCUGAAAGAACGGACAAAAAUAAAUGGGAUGCAAUUUUACGUAAUUGGGUCUGAAUUGCGGUGGUUCCAAAUGGGUUAACAGUUCUGUUUUGUUUAGUUGUGUAACUUGUGCAAGGGAUCUCGAUUUGCUGAUAAUAACAAAUAACUGGUAUUUUUCCAUUUCUGUUUCUAAUAAUGGAUGAUUGGGGAUGUUAACUGUUAUGACAUGUAAAGGGAAAUUUCUUUGCAGUUUCUUUCUUGUUUGUGGGCUGAAGUCUGAAUGUGUGAAUUUAGCAUGUAUUUCUUGUGGUUUUCAUUUCCUUUCAGAUAGAGAUGGGGAUAUAUCUCAGCACCCCUAAGACCGAGAAGUUCUCAGAGGAUGGUGAAAAUGAUAGGCUUAGAUAUGGUCUAUCAUCCAUGCAAGGAUGGCGUGCAACCAUGGAAGAUGCUCAUGCUGCAUAUCCUGAUCUGGAUGCAAGUACUGCUUUCUUUGGUGUAUAUGAUGGUCAUGGAGGCAGGGUUGUUGCAAAGUUUUGUGCAAAGUAUCUUCACCAGCAGGUUCUCAAGCAUGAAGCAUAUGCCGCUGGAGAUAUUGGAACAUCACUUCAGAAAGCAUUUUUCAGAAUGGAUGAGAUGAUGCGUGGACAACGAGGAUGGAGGGAACUAGCUGUUUUGGGUGAUAAAAUAAACAAGUUUACUGGCAUGAUAGAAGGGUUGAUUUGGUCUCCAAGGGGUGGUGAUGGUAGUAACCAAGUUGAUGAUUGGGCCUUUGAGGAGGGCCCUCAUUCUGAUUUUUCUGGACCUAAUUCUGGAAGCACAGCCUGUGUUGCAAUUAUCAGACCCAACCAACUUAUUGUGGCAAAUGCUGGUGAUUCUCGCUGUGUGAUAUCCAGGAAGGGUCAGGCAUUCAAUAUGUCUAGAGACCAUAAGCCUGAUCUUGAGACUGAGAAAGAAAGAAUUUUAAAAGCUGGUGGCUUUAUACAUGCAGGACGAGUCAAUGGCAGUUUAAAUCUUGCACGUGCUAUAGGUGACAUGGAGUUCAAGCAGAAUAAAUUUUUGCCUGUUGAAAAGCAAAUUGUCACUGCAAAUCCAGAUAUAAACACUGUUGAGCUCUGUGAUGAUGAUGAUUUUAUGGUUCUGGCAUGUGAUGGAAUCUGGGAUUGCAUGUCAAGCCAGCAACUGGUGGAUUUUAUUCAUGAGCAACUAGCCUUGGAAAGCAAACUUUCUGUUGUGUGUGAGAGAGUACUUGACAAGUGCUUGGCACCAUCAACAGUUGGUGGUGAGGGAUGCGACAACAUGACUAUGAUCUUGGUGCAGUUCAAGAAGCCAAUACAGUCUACUAUUUCUGCAGCUGAGCAAACCUCAAGUUCCAAUUCUGUAGCCCUUGAAUCAGAAUCAGAGGAAAGUAAACCAGAGUAGACAAUGGAAGUUUCACAUCCAUGCGGCAUAGUCUACCUGUUGAACAAAGAUUAUAAGGUCCUCUAUGGUGUUGAUGGUAUUAGAAGGUAUAGUACACAAAUGACUGGAUGACAUGUUAAGAAAGAACUCUUGUAUGUUUGAUUUUUCAAGUUUUGAUUGAGGAUGGCGUUUUUAAGGUUAGCAAGUCUUAAUAACGUGUACAGAUUGAAUCUCUACCAUAAUUUCUGCUUUUAUCUAUUCGGUCUCCACUGAUUCUAUAUU